UCCAAAUUUCACUCUGCAAACCCUAAUCUUCCGAUGUCGAUCUUCGAGUACAAUGGAAGUGCGGUUGUAGCUAUGGUUGGAAAAAACUGCUUCGCCAUCGCCAGUGACCGAAGACUCGGUGUGCAGCUUCAGACAAUCGCCACCGAUUUCAAGAGAAUCUCUAAGAUCCACGAUCGUGUCUUUAUCGGUCUCUCUGGUCUCGCCACCGAUGUUCAAACACUGUAUCAGCGUUUGGUGUUUCGUCAUAAGCUGUAUCAGGUUCGUGAAGAGAGAGAUAUGAAGCCUGAGACUUUCGCUAGUCUUGUCUCUGCCAUUCUUUACGAGAAGAGAUUUGGUCCUUACUUGUGCCAACCUGUGAUUGCUGGGUUGGGAGAAGAUGAUAAGCCCUUUAUUUGCACCAUGGACUCCAUUGGAGCUAAGGAGUUGGCUAAAGAUUUUGUUGUGUCUGGAACUGCCUCAGAAUCACUUUAUGGUGCCUGCGAAGCUAUGUACAAGCCUGAUAUGGAAGCGGAGGAACUGUUUGAGACGAUAUCGCAAGCACUUCUCUCGUCGGUUGACCGUGAUUGUCUGAGUGGUUGGGGAGGACAUGUCUACGUUGUAACACCAACUGAGAUUAAAGAGAGGAUCCUAAAGGGAAGGAUGGAUUGAUCAUCGUCAUCUUCAUCAUCACCAUCUGCUUCUAUCCAAAGUUGUUGUUUUCUAUGUAUUCCGGUUUUAAGUAGUGUACUCGUCAUCGCAUCCCCGGUUUAAUCAUAGAACCUUUCAUUCUCUGAGAUCAUGACUUGCGGAUGAAGUUUGAUUUUAAGAGGAUAUUUUCUUUCAAUUCUUAACACCGGUACUGUACUCAUUGGUUUGUAUUUUUAGGCAAAGUGCUUAAACGCCUAAAAAGAGAGUGGUUUCGUGCUGAGGAACGGCGUCGUACAGAUAAGGGAGGAACGGUGUCGUUUUGUGCUAAACGCACUGCUUUUUAAAAAAUAUCUUAAAAUCAAAUAGAUCCAAAGGCUACUUAUCACUGAGUCGAGCGCGUUGAUGUUUUCACGCGCUUGUGCGACUGGGCAACUUUAAAACGUGAAUUUGAGUUAUUAAAUUUAGUUUUUUUCAAAAAAAAAUUUUG